UCUGGACCUCUGGUUAUUCUAUACCUAUAUGCAUGCACAUGGGUACAUCUGCAACUACAUGACGGGAUUACAUGCCCAAUCUGCCCCUCACGAAAUGUGUUGGGUGUUGCAUUUGGAGGGAGCUGACUGAUCAAAGUUUUGAGGAUUGAGAGAAAAACAUGGAGUUUGAGGAUUUCUUUUUUGGAUCCCCUCAUAUUGGACGGCAGCACCAUCGUGCAUUCUAGUUUUGGUUUUUAGGAUUUCCUAGACCUAGGGCUGUGCAUCAGGACCUCUUUUUUGGUCCGGUCUGGUCCGGAACUCGGAAAACCUGGUUCAUCUGCACAGAGGGCAUAUAUCUCAAUCUACUGCUUUUAGGUCCUCCAACUCCAUAAGUGGUUGCAGGGGCAGAUCUCUCUGCUUCUAUUUGCUGUUUGUAAACUUAAAUGACGUAUGAAGAAGUUCUGAAGGUCAUUUUUCCUUUGUUAGAGGGUGUGGACCUUGCUUCAUGUAUGGCAGUAUGUAAGCAGUGGAGAGACAUAGCCCGAAAUGAUUACUUUUGGAAAUGUCUAUAUGCCAAGAGAUGGCCUUCAAUCUGCAAACGGCCUAACCCACCAACUUUAACCUACUACAAACUAUAUCAAACCUUUUGUAGACGCCAGCAUAGUCGAACUCUUCUCCCCCCAAGGCUGUCCUUCAAUGAUUUGGAAUUUUUUAUUGACAUUUGGAACGAAGAUAGAUUAUUGUUUUCCGAUGUAGUCCCAGGUCCUGUUUUAGAAACUGGUAUCAAGAUCCUUCCCCGAGGAAUCUGUAACAUGCUUAGAUUUCAUCUGGAGGGUCCUGAGUACAAGAUGACACUUCCUGUUGAGCCAAGAUUCACAGUUCCUAUGAACCAGACUGUUAGUGUUUCGGUGCUUGUGGAGCGCAAGGAUUCCAAUAGGGUUGCUCGUAUCAUUGAUAAAUCCAUGUUUGAUUACAUAGAUCGGACAGCACAUAGGGCCAUGGCAUUUGACUACUUAGAGUUCUCUCCUUCCCACCCUUUCAUUUCAGGUAUCCGGGCAUGGAUUUCGUUGCUUUUCAUGGAAGAUGGAAAUGAAGGUGUUCUUGAUGUUUUUGGGAUUGAAAUGGAUUUCUGUGAUGCUGCGACUUCCAAGGAAGAGGUUCUCUGGUUAUUAGACAUGCUUGAUUGGAAGUGAAAAGGUUGGACUCUGUGGCCAAGAAAAAGUGGAGAGGAACUGAAUUGGAUUUGGAUGGAACAUGGACGUACUCAUCUUUAUUGGUUUUUUAAGGUGUUUUGUUUUUUUUUUUUGUUUUUGUUGGGAAAGGGGGUCUGUUGUUUAAGAAUAAUUGUAAAAACUCUCCCCCUCCAGCAAAUACUUCUCUUGCACGUUCACACUCUGUACAUAAUAUAUUCAUGGCCUCGUUAAAUACGAAUAAUUUCU